UCCUUUUUUCCACUGAUUUGUUUUCUCUACUUGUGAAUUCUUUUAGUUCCGCGAUACUCAGUGUGAGAGAGACGAAAGUGAAAGACUUUCGUUGUUUUAGGGUUUCGAUCUUCAGUAUCUCAGAUUUUCACAUCUGGGUUUUCGUCUCCGCGCCUACAUUUCCUUGUUAACGUUUAGACAAUUUCGAAUUUGAUGGUAGAAAUGGAGGUUGUUGAGAGGAAACGAUCCAGAGGAGGUUUUCUAAAUAUGUUUGAUUGGCCUGGUAAAUCCCGGAAGAAGCUCUUCUCCUCUAACAGCAGCUCGAAACUCUCCGAAGCAUCAAAGCAAGAAAAACAAAAUGCUCAAAACCCCUCAAAGUCGUGGCCCUCUCCGAUUGAGGGGGAUGAGAUUGGAAAGAAUUCAACUUACAAUCCGAGAAGUGACUCGAGUUGUUCUACAUCCACUGCCACUAGUGAUGAUGGACAAGGGUCCAAAGCUCCGAGUGUGAUUGCGAGGCUCAUGGGUUUAGAGUCUCUACCUGUACCAAAUGCCUUGGAGCCCCGGUCUAAUCCUGAUUUUGAUCCAUACUUCCUCAGAUCCUCACGCAAGGCAAGCACAUGGGAUGCAUAUGAGAAUUUGGGUUAUGUAAAUCUCCGCAGUGACUAUAAUGGUAUUUCUUGGGACCAUUUGGAUUCAAGAAUGAAUAAAGAGUGUAACCGGCCUAUCGACCGCUUUCAAACCGAAACGUUACCUCCAAGGUCGGCUAAACCAAUCCCCGUCACUCACAAUAGGCUCUUGUCUCCUAUCCGAAGUCCUGGAUUUGUUCAGUCCAGGAACCCUGCUUCUGUAAUGGAAGCAGCUUCGAGAAUGAUUGAACCAAGUCCUCGGAUAGUUGCUAAAUCACGGUUUUCAUCAUCUGAUUCCUCUUCAUCACUUCCAAUGAGGAUCAGAGAUUUGAAAGAGAAACUAGAAGCUUCACAGAAAGGACAAAGUCCUCAAAUCUAUAAUGGUACCUGCAACAAUAAGUGCUUCAGAGGAAAGCAAGAUGAAAAGAGAACUACAUUAUCACUCAAGAAACAAGAGCUAAAUAAGUUAUUGGGAGAAAGCAGGUUUGGUGGUUCGAAGGGUAAAGUGAAGCCGCCCUCUGUAUCUGCACAUGCAAAGGCCAAUACUAUUCACAAGCGGGACAGUUCAAUGCUCUCAAGUGGCAACAGAGACCAAAAGAAGAAGGUGGAAACUAAGAACCGCAUAGUAAGAAAUGGUCUCAAAGAAUCUUCUGCUAGCACUAGGAAAACCGUGGAUAAGCCAAAUAACCAGAAACAGAACCAAUUUGCUGAAACGUCUGUUUCAAAUCAGAGAGGCAGCAAAGUGAUGAAGAAAGUAAACAAGGUUUUGGUGGAAAGCGGAACUACAACUAAGAAGCCUGCUUUUACAGCAACAUCAGCGGAAAAGAGCACUGCUUCAUCUUUGUCCCGCAAAAAGAAUCUUCCCCGCAACAAAAAAUCGGCAAAUGGGGUGCAAGAAGCUGGAGUCAACAGUGAUAAACGGAUGAAAAAGGGUGAGAAGUUGAUAAAAUGUAACAUCACCGUUGAUGGCGGGUUGAAGUCAGGGGACGAUGAUCGAAAGAAGGACAUGGAUGUGAUUUCGUUCACUUUCUCAUCCCCGAUCAAAGGUUUAUCAUCCGAUGUGCGAUCCUCCAUUAAAAAGACUGAUCAAGAUACAGAAUCAGCACUUAGUUUCAAUAAGAUAGACAGUGAUUCUCUAAAUUUUCUGUUGGAGAAAAAGCUCAGAGAGCUAACCUCUAAGAUUGAGUCAUCUUGCAGUAGUCUGACCCAAGAAGAAGAGUCUUCGGGUUCCAUUACAAAGGAUUGGGUGAAUGGGACAAUAUCAUUGCCGUCAGAUGAUCUGGAUAACGGUUUAUCAGAGAGCGAAUCUGUUUCUGACUAUAGUAGUUCAUUCUACAAAAAUAAAAUAUUCCAGGCAGAAGAAGAUCAGGAAGUUGACAGCUUCAGCAAUGACGAAAAUCUCCAAAUUUCCUGCAGCACGAGUUUCUCAAAUUCACGCAAUGAAUAUCUCCAUGGAAUUGAAGAAACCGAACUCUCAGAAUCUGUCUCUUUAUCAGAAGCUGAAGAAGGACAUGACUGGGAGCUCGAGUACAUAACCGAGAUCAUAGCCUCUGGCCAACUAAUGGUUAAAGAAUUCUCCUUGGGGAUGGCUACUGAUAUAUUACCUCUGAGCCUUUUCGAUGAAAUCGAAGGCAAGAGAGAUGCUCGGGGCAAGAUGGAGAGAAAAACACUGUUUGACUUGGUGAAUCAGUGCUUAACACUCAAAUGCGAGCAGAUGUUCAUGGGAAGCUGUAAAGGAGUGUUGUUGGGGAAACAAGACAUUUUUGUUGAAAGAGGAGAGAUUUUGGCAGAAGAAGUGAAGAAAGAGGUUCAAGGAUUGAAGAAGAUGAGAGAGAUGAUGAUGGAUGAGCUAGUUGACAAUGACAUGAGUAGUUAUGAAGGGAAAUGGCUUGAUUACAAAAGAGAGACGUACGAAGAAGGAGUUGAGAUUGAAGAAGAGAUUGUGUCCGAAUUAGUUGAUGACCUAACUCUACUUGUCCAUCGGAGACGGAAGAAAAUUGGAAUCAUCAGUGUUUCCUCCUCCUGUCUUAAAAGCUUAGCCCUUUCAGCUUUUUGUUCUUCAAUGGCUUCGAGCAACACGACAACUGGGGUUGAUAAUACGUUUAGAAAGAAGUUCGAUGAGGAAGAGUUUAAGGAGCGUGCUCGUGAACGCGAAAAGAAGGAAUCGGAUCGUUCUAAGUCUCGGUCCAAAGGUCCUCCUGUGCAAAGAGCCCCUUUGAAGCAUAGAGAUUAUCAUGUAGACCUAGAAUCUCGUCUGGGCAAGACACAGGUCGUUACACCGGUAGCUCCUCUAAGUCAGCAGGCCGGUUAUUUCUGUCGCGUCUGUGAUUGUGUUGUUAAAGAUUCGGCAAACUACUUGGAUCACAUAAAUGGGAAAAAACAUCAAAGGGCAUUGGGGAUGUCUAUGCGGGUGGAGAGAUCGUCACUUGAACAAGUCCAAGAGCGGUUCGAGGUUUUAAAGAAGCGGAAAACACCAGGAACUUUCACAGAACAAGAUCUGGACGAACGCAUCCGGAAACAGCAAGAAGAAGAGGAAGAACUAAAAAGGCAGCGUAGAGAGAAAAAGAAGGAGAAGAAGAAAGGGAAGGUGAUGGAAGAAGAGCCUGAGAUGGAUCCUGAAGUUGCAGAGAUGAUGGGAUUUGGGGGCUUUGGAUCUUCAAAAAAAUCGGCUAUAGAGCAUUACUAUGUUCUCUCCUUCCCGUCAGACGUGGCUGAAGCAGUAGCAGAGUCAGAAGGGCAUGACCACAAGUCGCCGCCAUCAGCGGUUCUGUCCCUUUGCCCUAGCUGCACCAUGAUCAAAUCCUUUUUAUCAGUUGCCAUGAAGAAACCUGUGAGGAGGGAUCUUGCAAUGACUGGGAGACUCACUCUAACUGGAAAAAUUCUUGGAAUUGGAAGUGUGAAAGAGAAGACGAUAGCUGCGAGACAAAGUCUAGUGAAGACUCUAAUAUUCCCAGAACCUAACCGGAGAGACUUUGAUGAGCUGCUGAACAAUUUGAAAGAAGGGAUCCAUGUUCAGUUUGCGGAUGAAUAUGAGCACUUAUUCGAGCUAGCAUUCAACAAUGAUGACCAUUAGACAAGUCUUUGACUUGGGUUCUUGCUCUGUUUUCGUUUUCAUUAAUUAUGUUAUCGAUGAUUAUUAGUUCUAGAAAACAAGAUAUGAACAUCUCAACUGUGAAUUCUUAUUAGAACCUCUUGUCUAAGAUAAUAAUAUUGGGUAUAAAUU